GAUGGUGGCUGGAAAAGCGCUCUUGUUUGAAAUGGAAAAGCGUCGCGGUAGCAAUUGAUAAAGAACAACAUCAAGACGAAGCAGUUGCUUUACAAGUGGGAUGCACUGUUGAGCUCUACAUCCCGAGGGGUUCGUGCUGAUUGUACGGAGAUUGUGGCAGCCGGUUAAAUGGCGUCCCUUGAGAAGGCAAGAACAAGAUGUAGACAUGUCUGAAAACAAAUCCAUUGAACUCCAACUGCAAAUGCGAAAAAAUGCAGAGGACCUGCAUAACUUCAUGAAAGAUCUUGACAGCUGGGAAACCGACAUAAAGAAGAAGGAUGAGCAAUUAAGAACUGGGAGCAUUGGCGAGUCUCAAAAAACCCUCCAACCAGUGCGAAACAAGGACUUCAAAAAGAAGAGGGAGAAGAAGGCAUCAGACAACAAUGCAAAGACUGAACCAAAACAAGCACCCAGGAUAAAGUCUUAUGACUAUCAGUCAUGGGACAAAUUUGAUGUGGACAAGGUUUUGGAGUCCAUGGAUAAAGAGGACAGCGCUGCUGAGUCCAAUGACUCUGAAUCUGAGGAUUCUGGGGUUCCUGCUACUGACCAAGACAAAGCUCUUGCUGAGAAGGAGAAAGGUAAUCAGCUGUUUAAAGAAGGGAAGUAUGAUGAUGCCAUUGAGUGUUACACCAGAGGCAUGGGCGCAGACCCUUAUAACCCCAUUCUGCCUACAAACCGAGCUGCCUGCUUCUUCAGACUCAAAAAGUUUGCUGUUGCCGAGUCUGACUGCAACUUGUCCAUCGCGCUGGACAGUAACUACUUCAAAGCAUUUGCACAAAGAGGAGCGGCUCGAUUCGCCCUGCAAAAUUAUAAAUCUGCCCUAGAAGAUUAUGUAAUGGUUCUCAAGCUGGAUCCUGGGAACCUGGAGGCACAGAAUGAAGUGAUGAAAUGUAAAGAGGUCAUUGCUAAACUGAGUGGGAAGGCAGAAAGCCCAGAGGCUGCAGUGGUGGCGCCACCUGUGGUGGACGUCAAGCAACAGCAGCUCAUGGAGGAACAGCAGAGAAGACAAGAGGCGGUGGUGCAGAAAGACAGGGGGAACGCAUACUUCAAAGAGGGGAAGUAUGAGGCAGCAGUAGAGUACUACACCAAGGGCAUGGAAGCGGACAGCACCAACGUCCUUCUGCCUGCCAACCGGGCCAUGGCUUACUUAAAGCUGCAGAGAUAUAUAGAGGCUGAGGAGGACUGCAGUAAGGCCAUAGCCCUGGAUGGCACCUACUCAAAGGCCUUUGCCCGCAGAGGGACAGCCAGGGCUGCUCUGGGACUGCUCAAACAAGCUAAAGAAGAUUUUGAGGAGGUCCUGAAGCAGGAACCGGGAAACAAGCAGGCAUUUCAUGAGAUGAAGAAGAUCGCCAUUGACAUGGGCACAAGUGGUCUGCUGGCAACAGAGGAGCACGCACAGCGGAGAACAGUACAGCCAAUUAACAAACCACCUCACCUGCAGUCAACCAAGCCGUUGAGGAGAGUGGACAUUGAGGAGGUUGGUGGAAAGAUCCUGGUCCAGAAGGAGCCCUCGGCUGUGUUGACCUCAACCACAGCCCCCCGUGUUAGGCCCCAGAAGACCACCUCCAUCGCAGACACUGUGAGAGAGGGUCAGGGUGAGGCCUCACCUCCCUCUACCUCCCCCAGCGCUAAGAUCCUGAAGAUUGAAGAGAUAUCAAACGUCUCCUCACAUUCCCCUGUCAAAGGGCUUGAGGGGGAUGCUGUGAGAGCACGGACACAGAAGCACAGGGAGGCAACCGUCAGUGAACCAACAGAACCGCCUGCUACACCCUCCUCCUCGACAGAGGUCGUACCUCCUGCCCCCGCCAACAGCUUCCAGCUAGAGGCAGACCUCAGGAAGAUUGGAAAUGGCCCUGAAGUCAUCUACAAGUAUUUGAAGCAAAUCGAACCUCAGGCGUACGCCAAGAUCUUCCAGAGCUCUCUUGAACCAGACAUGCUCAAUCAGAUUCUAAGGACGUUACAAAGCUUCUACAUCAAGAACGAAGAACCACCUGUCAUACUGGAGAUCCUCAGGAGUCUGGCCGGGGUGAGGCGAUUCGACAUGGCUGUCAUGUUCAUGUCCAGCCCUGAGAAGAAAGUUCUACAAGAACUGUUUGACUUUCUUCUUCAAGCUGGACUUGAGGACGCUUCAGUUGGAGCCCUGCGAAAGAAGUAUGGAGUAUGACGUGAUAAAUUACUUUUUCCCUAAGCAAGCAGUCGAUUUGAAGUAGUGUUUUUCAAUGCUCUAUUACAUGUUACUAAUCCAAACAGUGCUGUAUGUACGCAACAAUGAAUCAGUUAAUUUUGGCUGCCAUAUUGGAAGGUAUGUAACAUUUGAUGUAAUACUAUAGUUUUUUUCUAUGGCUCAAAGCAUGUAUAAGUUUCAUCCUCGUAUGAGAAAACAGUACUUACUAUAUGCAUGGCCAAAAACAGAAUGUUCUAUCUGACUGCGGCCCAACACACCCAUAUGGAUAAUAGUUCAAAUAUGCAUCUACCAGUCUUAGAAAGCCUGGAGAACUGAAAUACUAAUAGAGGCACCUUUUUUAGUUAUUUUCAAUUCUUCUGUCCAAGACUGUACAUCUCAUGUUCAAUACAUAAAUUGCAGAGAAUGAGUGUGAAUACCUAAAUACAUUGGCUUAAUCUUUA